AUGGCCCAUAAAAGCCAAGAUGAUGAAACUGAGAAAAAUGGAUCAUUCUCCUCCAUCCUCUACUGCAAGAAUGAUUUAAAGGAAGGAUCUCUGCAAUGGGUGAAAGACCCCCUCAAUGGCCAGGUGCUCAUGGUGCUCAGCAUGGACAACAACUGUUCAGCCACUUCCUUUGACAUGGAGUUUUGUGCAGAGAAACUGAAGUCCCUUGGGGUUCAGGUGGCUCCAGAUGAGUGGAGAAGGUUAAUCCAGGAUGCUGUGCUGAAGCCUGAAGUGAGACGGUACCUGUUCUACAACUCCAGGGCUUUCCAGAUAGUCAUUGCUGUGGUUUUCUACGUGUCUCUCUGGACAAACAUUUACUCCACAAUCCAGCUGUGGUCCUUUGGAAGCUACUGGGAGGCCAUCCUGCUGGUGACCCUGGCUGCAGCAGCUGUCACCACAGCUGUGCUACUGGUUAUAGGGUGUCGCCAGAGGAAGAUAAACACGAAUACUGACUUGAGGCUGGCAGCAGUCAAUGAAAUCUUCAUCAAACACAGUUUAAUCCUGGGGAUUACUGAUGUCUUGGAUGGGCCACACAAUGUCCUGCAACUGUGGUUCGUGCACUUCAGCCCCGAGCGCUGCCUCCAGUCCCUGUCAGCCCACGUCACUGCCCUGCGGAGCACACAGGAGUUGGGUUUGAAGCACAGCCUGGGCCAGCUCUGUGUGGUUGUGGAGGUGGUGGUUCAGCCUGACCAGGGGCCAGAGACAGAGCAGAAGCAGGGGAUGGAGGAGAACCAGGCUUCGUGUGAAGAGUCCCCUCUUCUGUCUGCUGCAGUGAAGCCAAAGAAAGAGCCUGUGACAUGCAACGAGCUGCUCCACCUUGUUCCUGAGGGCCCACCAGAGGUGAUGGCCCAGCAGCUCCUGGUGAUCUUCAGCGGAUGCUACGUCCGGCUGCUGGUGACGGGCCAGCUGCCCCGGGCAGUGGCAGGGGGACACCUGGAGCACACCAGUGUCCCCUGUCUCUGCCAGUUCAUCAAGACCACCAUGCUCAACAUGCACCAGAGCUGUUUCAUGGGCAGGUGA